UGUUGACGUUUUGUCAAAAAUAUUUGUUUUCAUUUUUGAUGAUAACUUUUCUUUGCUUUUUACAAAAAAGAAAAUUAAAAUAAAAUCAUGUCGGAAGAAAUUGUUUUUGAUUGCUUACAUUCAGAAAUUGUUAAUUAUUGCUUACUGGAUAAUAAAGAAAAUGAUUUCUCCACCCUCGAAUAUAUUGGCUAUUCCACUGGCUAUCGUCUAAUCGAACGACUUACCAGAGAAUGGCCCCGUUUCAAAGAUGAAUUGGAAACAAUGAAAUUCAUUUGUACAGAUUUUUGGACAUUAAUUUACAAAAAACAAGUUGAUAAUCUACGAACAAAUCAUCAAGGUGUUUAUGUGUUACAAGACAAAGCUUUUCGUUUCCUCACACGGAUCUCACCAGGUACAAAGCAGCUGGAACAUGCACCAAAGUUUGUUGCCUUCACCUGCGGGUUAGUGCGAGGUGCCUUGGCUAAUUUAGGAAUCAACAGUACAGUCACUGCUGAAGUGCAAUCAAUUCCUUCUUGUAAAUUCCAUGUUCAAGUUAAAUUAAAUUAAGAAAAAAAAAAAAAAAAAAAGUACGAAUGUUAUUUUCA